GAACUGGCCAUCAGUCUUAGUGAGUCCGUGAACGAUUCGGCCGGCAAUGUUACCGACUAUGGCCUCGAGCCAGUGCUCAAGUAACGCCUUGAGAGAUACCGGACCCUUGGAGGUUGGGAAGUCACUGACUCAGAACAAAUCCGCAGCACGGGAUAUGUCGUCGACAGCCUUGAAGUUUCUCUCUGGGCCCUUUUCAAGACGGAUAGUCUUGAAGAGGGCACGGUACUUGUGGUGAACUUGGGCGACGAUGCGGACACUGUGGGGGCGAUAUAUGGAGGAAUUGCCGGUGCAUUCUGGGGCGUUGAUGCGGUUCCACAGCGCUGGCAGCGAGAUUUUGCAGAGAAUGGAUCUUCUUGAUGAAGUUGUGGAGGAAAUCCUCACCUUCAGAGCCAAA